CAACGUGUUUGGGCUCUAGUUUGAGGUCUCAUUCAUUGCUUUUCUCGAUAGUAUUGUCACCGAAAAGCUGAUCCAAAGAUGUCUAAAGGAUAUUAUUACGACGAUUAUGAAGAGGACUACAAUUACGGUCCACAGGAUGGCUACGCCAUGGAUCCGAGUGACCCCAACUACGACAGCACUUACGCCCAGAACUUUGUGCCGGAUUUGGUUCAAGACUUUCUGGUGUUACUCCGGAAGGCGAUAAUCGACCGAAACGUUUACGACAUUCAGAACUUAUACGAAAACACUUUCGUUAAGCUCUCGGAAACCUAUUACUCGGACAGCCCGUGGCCUGAGAGGGAGGAGUUGGCAGCUGUGGUGCCUCUCGAAGAAUCCCAGAUCUUCACCAUUCUCUACAAAGAGCUGUAUUACCGCCACAUAUACGCCAAAUGUCAGCCAACUCUGAAGCACCGGUUCCUCUCGUACUAUAAUUAUUGCAAUUUAUUUAAUUACAUCUUAAGCGCCGAAAAGCCGGUCGCCUUAGAGCUGCCCAAUCAGUGGCUCUGGGAUAUCAUCGAUGAGUUCAUCUAUCAGUUCCAGUCGUUCAGUAUCUAUAAGGGAAAGACUAACCGACCCGAACAGGAAGAGGAACAGUUGCUGAAGAGUCCUCAGGUGUGGAACGUCCACUCAGUGAUCAAUGUCUUGCACUCUUUGGUCGAUAAGUCCAAUAUCAACGAACAGCUGAAGGAGUUCAGCAUUGGUCGCGACCCGGAUCUGGUGUCGGGAGAGUUCGGACGUCAGCCGCUCUACAAAAUGUUGGGUUACUUCAGUUUAAUUGGUUUACUUCGUCUGCACUCACUUCUGGGCGACUACUACCAGGCCAUCAAAGUCUUGGAGAACAUAGACCUCAACCGACAACAGCUGCAGAUGAUGGCGACGGCGCCAGUGCUGGCCUGUCAGACAACGACCUUCUAUUACGUGGGAUUCGCUUACAUAAUGAUGAGACGAUACUCG